CCUUCCCAACGUGCUCUGCGAAGAAAUGAAAGAUGGCGGCUCUAUCCUCUGCUAGUUGGCUGCGGGUCCGCAGCUGGCUUCGCUUGCCGCUCACUGGUCGGCGGGUAGGUGUGUGUGAACCGUCACACAGUUGCAGAGGUUAUUCUGGAAAUACAGCUUGCCCAGAGGUUGGAGGAACUGACAUAACAGGAAUUGAAGAAGUAGUAAUUCCAAAAAAGAAAACUUGGGAUAAAGUGGCUGUUCUUCAGGCACUUGCAUCCACAGUAAACAGGGAUCCCACAGCUGCCCCUUACUCAUUUCAAGAUGAUCCUUACCUCAUACCAGCAUCUGCUGUGGAAUCUCGUUCAUUUUUGUUGGCAAAGAAGUCCGGGGAAAAUGCAGCAAAGUUUAUUAUUAAAUCACAUUCCAAAUACUUUCAGAAGGACAUAGCUGAACCUCAUAUACAGUGUUUAAUGCCUGAGUGCUUUGAACCCCAGAUAGAAGAUAUAAGUGAAGCUGCCCUGAAGGAGCGAAUCAGGCUCAGAAAAGUCAAAUCUUCUGUGGACAUGUUUGAUCAGCUCUUGCAAGCAGGAACCACUGUUUCUCUUGAAACAACUAAUAGUCUCUUGGAUUUAUUGUGUUACUAUAGUGAUGAAGAGCCCCCAGCUGAAUAUAAUUUUCAACAGACUGAACAGUCAGAAGAAUUGGAAGAGGCCACAGAGGAAAAUAAUGAAAAAUCUAAGGGGAAGACUGGUCAUCAGUUCUCCAUUACUUGGAAGACAAAUAACAAUGCUGAACGAAUAUUUGCUCUAAUGCCAGAGAAGAAUGAACAUUCCUACUGCACAAUGAUCCGGGGAAUGGUGAAGCAUCAAGCUCAUGCACAGGCACUAAACUUGUACACUGAGUUAUUAAACAACAGACUUCGUGCUGAUGUACACACUUUUAAUGCAUUGAUUGAAGCAACAGCAUCAAUAGUAAAUGAGAAACUUGAGGAGAGGUGGAAUAAUAUAUUGGGUUUGCUGAAACAUAUGGUUGCACAGAAAGUGAAACCAAAUCUACAAACUUUUAAUACCAUUCUAAAAUGUCUCCGAAGAUUUCACGCAUUUGGAAAAUUGCCAGCCUUAGAAACCUUACGUGAAAUGAAAGCCAUUGGAAUAGAACCCUCACUUGCAACAUAUCAUCAUCUUAUUCAGGUGUUUUAUCAACAUGCAAGCUCUUUAAAGGGACACUCUCUCAUCAUCUACAGUAUAAUGGAUGAAUUGGUGGGAAAGAAUUUUUCUCCAAUGGAUCUGGAUGACGAUAAGUUUUUUCAGACGGCAAUGAAUGUUUGCUCAUCCCUCAGAGAUCUAGACCUUGCUUACCAAGUGCACGGCCUUUUAAACACGGGAGACAACUGGAAAUUCAUUGGAUCUGAUAAUCAGCGUAAUUUCUAUUAUUCCAGAUUUUUCAGUUUGCUUUGUCUCAUGGAACAAAUUGAUAUCACCUUAAAGUGGUAUAAAGACCUGAUGCCUUCGGUGUUCUUUCCCCAUUCCCAAAUACUGAUAGCUCUUCUCCAGGCUUUGGAUGUGGCCAACCGUCUGGAAAUGAUUCCUCAGAUUUGGAAAGAUAGUAAAGAAUAUGGUCACACAUUUCGCAGUGACCUAAGAGAAGAAAUCCUGAUGCUCAUGGCCAGGGAUAAACACCCACCACAGCUUCAGGUGGCGUUUGCUGAUUGUGCUGCUGACAUCAAAUCUACUUAUGAAAGCCAAGAAGCCAAAAAAGCUGCUUCUAGUUGGCCAUCCACUGUUCUCAACUAUAUAGCUGUCCUCUUUUUAAGGGCUGAGAGAGCUCAGGAAGCCUGGAAGAUGUUGGGACUUUUCAGGAAGCAUAAUAAAAUCCCCAGAAGUGAACUGCUGAAUGAAUUUAUAGACAGUGCAAAAUUACGCAACAGUCCUGCUGAGGCCAUUGAGGUUGUGAAGCUGGCAAGCGCCUUCAGCUUGCCUGUUUGUGAGAAUCUCACCAAGAGAGCAGUGGCGGAAUUUGCAAUGGACCCAGAACAAAAAGAGGCCUUGGGCAACCUAACUGCAUUGGUUAGUGACAGCAGCAGUGACAGUGACAUUGAUGGCAAAUGAAUAUUCAACCGUGAUAUGAAGAAAGGGGAUGCAGAUUUGGUGAAUUUGGCACUAUGAAAUGCAAUGGACACAAUACUGAUUUUACAUCAAGCUCCUAAUUUACUUUAUUAAACCAUCUGUCAAGAGUGUCACUCAAGAGAUCCCAUUUAAGCAGCAGCACUGCCAUCUCAUCUCUUCUGACAAAAGCACACAUGAGGUCCAUGGUUCUUGUCGACAGAUAAGCCCUGCCACACCCGAAGGGUGCUCACACUGUCAGCAUCAGCAUUCUGAUGCUUAGCAGCCUUUGCUGGCCUAUAUGCUGCUGUUGCUUCUGAGCUCUUAAAAGAUUUUCAUAAAUUACAUCACAGUUGCUCUUUGAUCAAUACUAUCCUAAAACUUAAAGAAUGUGUAGAUGUGGGGCCGGGGACUUGGCUUAGUGGUUCCGCUGCCUGCCUUGCAAGCACAAGGGCCUGAGUUUGAUCCCCGGUACCAAGA